AUGGGCGUCGCAAAGAAGACAAGGAAAUUUGGCCAGACCAAACGCCUCCUCAGCAAACGCGACAGCCGACGCAAAGAAAACGUAACCAAAUCCGAAGAAGCCAACGCGGCGAAAGCCGCAGCGGGCGCCUCGAAUCCCUCAGGCGAGCUCCGCAAGGAGAUCCCGCAGCUGCCCUCGAGCCUCUUCUUCCAGCACAACGAGGCCUUGGUCCCGCCGUACCAGGUGCUGGUCGACACAAACUUCUUAUCUCACACGGUGCAGCGGAAGCUACCUCUGUUGGAAUCUAUGAUGGAUCUCCUGUACGCCAAGUGCCAGCCGAUCAUAAGCGACUGCGUCAUGGGCGAGUUGGAGAAGUUGGGCCCCAAGUACCGACUAGCGCUACGGAUCGCGAGAGAUGAGCGUUGGACGAGGUUACCAUGCGACCAUAAGGGGCUCUAUGCAGACGAUUGUAUCGUGGAUCGGGUCAUGAAGCACCGCAUCUACCUUGUGGCGACCAACGACAAGGACCUGAAGAACCGUGUGAGGAAGAUUCCCGGUGUGCCCAUUAUGAGUGUGGCGCGGGGUAAGUAUGUCAUUGAGAAGCUGCCUGAUGCUCCAAUCUAG